CCAGAGCAGUAUUUACUUACCUGUUAAUAGCUAACAUUUUUGUCCUUAUAACGAACAAAAAAAUAUUUAGCUAAACUCUUAUCUGAUUUUGCAGGUGGGCAUUUGUCUCUGUGCUGAAUUCAGAUUGCAUUAGAGACAAAACCCUGUCCUUCUUAGAUAAUGGAAUCUCAAUAUCAGCCUUUUAGCCCAGAUGUUAGCAGCUUGGAUCCUGCAGAGCCCGUAUCAGCCGACCGAGAGGACUGAAGGGAAGAUUAAUGCUCUUCUUUUAUGCCAUCCUGAUAAUUCUGAUUCUGAUGACGGUCAUAGGGGUAAAAUUCUCCCAGCUGAACAAAAAAAACUACAACUCAAGACUAUCAAAAGAGGACCAACUUCGCCUGGUCUAACUCCUGCAGAUGAAGUCCCGUUGGAGAGACUAGUUCCUGUUCAAGGAAGAUGCAGGGCAGGAUGGGACAGUUUCCAGGAGAGCUGCUAUCUGUUCACCACCACCAACACCGCUGCUUGGCGAAAAGCUGAAGACCAGUGUAGAUCAUCUGGAGGGCACCUACUAGUGAUUAACAAUGUGGAGGAACUGGUGAGCCCAGAUUAGAUCUUUAUACAAUUUAGUGUAACUUUAUCCAUCUACUGAACUUUAUUAUGAUUAAGAUGAUUAACCAAUAAAAUUAGUGCUUGAAUUGAAACAGGAAACAUGAGGGGGUGGGGUUAAACUUUCAGUUUAAACCUUUAUGUAGAACAUUAGGGGCCUUUGAAGAUCAGCAAUAAGAGGCACUAACCUGCAGGUGCAAUAACUUUUUGGUAUGUGCAAUAAGUUGGGGUGCACAAAUGUUAAGACUUGCAAGGUGGUUCGGUUCUGCCUUAUUAAAAUGAGCAGACUUCCUGUGGUACAGGCAGUUUAAGAGUGGAUGUGUAAGAAAGAUGAGGUUCAAAGCCAUGGAGAAGAAGAAAUAAUUACAAUUAUGUUAAAUAAAUCAUGAUGGCACUGAAAAGCAUUUAUAAUGCAGCUCACAUAAGUAGCCUGUCUCAAAGUGCCAUUAAAGUUG